AUGGAUAAAGCUAGCUUAUUAUUGCUUGUGUUUUAUAAGAUCCUCUUCAUUUUACCAGUAUAUUGUGCACCAAAUGACUCCAUAACUCCAUCCCAACCACUCAAGGUAGGACAAACUCUCAUCUCCACUGGACAAAUCUUUGAAUUAGGCUUCUUCAGUCCUGGUAACGCAAGUGAACUGUAUAUUGGAAUCUGGUACAAGAUUGAUCCCGAUUGUAGAAUUGUUUGGGUCGCAAACAGAGGAAAUGCACUCUUAGCAGAUGACCUGGCUUCAAGGCUGAUAAUCAGCAGUGAUGGGAAUCUAAAGCUUAUGGAUGGAAAGCAAGAUAUUGUCUGGUCAACAAAUGCUUCUGUCCAAUCUAAUACCACAAUUGCAGUGCUUACAGAUGAUGGAGAUUUCAUCCUUAAAGAUAAGAUUUCAGGGGCAACUCUGUGGGAAAGCUUUUAUUAUCCUUCUGAUACAAUUUUAGCAACCAUGCAGUUAGGAUUGAACGGUAGAAGUGGUCAGAAAAGUUUCUUGACAUCUUGGGAAAAUGAUAAUGAUCCAGCACCUGGAAAGUUUGUCGUUGGACUUUCAGACGAGAAACCACCACAAGCUUUCACAUGGAAUGGUACCAAACCAUAUUGGAGAGGAGGUCCAUGGGAUGGAUGGAAGUUCAUUGGAAUUGAAGAUGAGGAUAAGGGGUAUGCAAAUGGAAUAAGUCUGACAACAAAUAAUCAAAUAGGAGCCUCAUGUAUGACUUUCAACAAUUUCAACAAGUCCUACAUCUCAAUUAUGGUAAUUUUACCAACAGGUAUGUUGGAGAUACUGCACUGGGAAGGACAACAAAAUCAAUGGAACGUGUCUUGGGCAGCACCUCAGCAUCCAUGCGACGUAUAUGGAACUUGUGGACCCUUCAGCUCUUGUAGCAAGAGUCGCUCUCAACCUUGUGAGUGCCUCAAAGGGUUCUUCCCGUUGUCUAAUGAGGAAUGGAGUAAGGGAAAUUGGACAAGUGGAUGCGUGAGGGGUACACAACUGAUGUGUGAUGGAAACAGUAGCAACUUAAUCUCCAAAGCAUCUAAACCGGAUGGCUUCUGGAAGCUCAGUCAGAUGAAAUUACCAGAUCAUUAUCUGUAUUUGUAUGAUGAGACUGACCAAGGGGGGUGUAGCCAAUGGUGCCUCCGUAACUGCUCUUGUCUAGCAUAUGCAUGUCCAGAUGGUAUAGGGUGUAUGGUUUGGGUGACAGAUCUUGUUGACAUUCAGCAAUUCUCAAAUGAUGGGGAAGAUUUGUAUCUCCGCCUUGCUAAAACAGAGCUAGGAGUAAAAAAGCGAUACACAGCAACCAUCAUCAGUGUCUUAUCUAUAUCGGUUGGUUCACUCUUGGGCUUGUUGAUAUGUUGUGUUAAGAGAUGGAAAGCAAACAGAAGAGCUACAGCACUUAGGCAUUCAGACACACAUAUCCAUGAACAAAAGUCAGAGACAAGUAAAUGGUGCGUAAUGAAGGGAUUCAGGAUAAAGUGCAUAGUAAAGGGUCUCUUUGUGUCGGAGAGAAAGGGCACUGUGAGAGAUAUUUCGCAAGAAGAUGUCCAGGAAGGUCCUGCAUCAGCAAAGUGGUCAUCCGAGCUUCCAAUUAUAGAUUUUAAUAGGGUAAAGAGAGCUACCAACAACUUCAGUGAAGCUGACAAGCUUGGUGAAGGAGGAUUCGGUGCAGUUUACAAGGGGAAUUUAGAAGAUGGACAGCUCAUAGCCGUGAAAAGGCUUUCAAGUCACUCAGGACAAGGCAUGGAGGAGUUCAAGAAUGAGGUUAUGUUGAUAUCUAAACUUCAGCACAGAAAUCUUGUAAGGCUGUUGGGUUGCUGCAUUCAAGGAGAAGAAAAGAUAGUCAUUCUUGAAUACAUGAAAAACAAAAGCUUGGACAAAUUCCUCUUUGACCGAACAAAAAGGUUGGAGCUAGAUUGGGCGAAACGGUUCAGCAUAAUUCAGGGCAUUGCCAGAGGGCUUCUAUACCUCCAUCGAGAUUCUUGUUUGAGAAUCAUUCACAGAGAUUUGAAGGCCAGCAAUAUUCUCUUGGAUGAUGACAUGAACCCCAAAAUCUCAGACUUCGGGCUGGCACGAACUUUCCGUGUCACCCAAGAACUAGCUAACACUCUCAGAGUUGUGGGAACUUUGGGUUAUAUGUCUCCAGAAUAUGCCAUGGGAGGCCUCUUUUCAGAAAAAUCUGAUGUUUACAGCUUCGGAGUUUUGCUGCUAGAGAUUGUCAGCAGCAAGAAGAACACCGGGUUGGGAUAUCAUGAAAAAUAUUUGAACCUUCUUGGCUAUGCGUGGCAAUUGUGGAAUGAGUGUAAAGCUCCAGAAUUGCUGGAUCCAUCACUGGCAGAUUCUUGCACCCCAUCAGAAGUAAUGAGAUGCAUUCAAAUUGGACUUCUUUGUGUUCAAGACCAUGCUGCAGAUCGGCCUACAAUGUCAAAUGUGGUUCUGAUGCUAAGCAGUUCUGAAAGCGAAAUGGAACUUCCUCAACCGAGACAGCCAACAUUUACGUUUCAAAGCUUUCUAGAAUCUGAGCAUUUUCAAUCAGGGCUUUGCACGUUCAAUGUUUCCAUAAAUGAAGUUAGUAUUUCAAUGGUUGAAGGUUUCUUCAGUCCUGGUAAUGCAAGUGAAUUGUAUGUUGGAAUCUGGUACAAGUUUGAUCCUGGUCGUAGAAUUGUUUGGGUUGCAAACAGAGAAAAUGCACUCUUGGCGAGUGACCUGGCUUCAAGGCUGAUAAUCAGCAGCGACGGGAAUCUAAAGCUUCUAGAUGGGAAGCAAAAUACUAUCUGGUCAACUAAUGCUUCCCUCCACUCUAAUAGCACAAUUGCAGUGCUUAGAGAUGACGGCGAUUUCAUCCUUAAAGAUAAUGUUUCAGCAACUCUAUGGAAAAGCUUUUAUUACCCUUCUGAUACAGUUUUACCAAACAUGAACGGAAUGAAAAACGUCUCAACGUCCUGGGAAAAUGAGAAUGAUCCAGCGCCUGGGAACUUUUUUACUAUACUUUCAGAUGAAAAACCACCACAAUCUUUCACAUGUAAUGGUACCAAACCAUACUGGAGAGCAGGGCCAUGGAACGGAUGGCAGUUCAUUGGAAUUCCAGAUGCGACUAAGGGGUAUGCAAAUGGAAUGAGUCUGAUAACAGAUAAUCAAACGGGAGCUGCAUAUAUGACUUUCAGCACUUUCAACGAGUCCUAUAUUUACAUUAUGGUAAUUUUAUCAACAGGUAUGUUGGAACUACUGCAAUGGGAAGGUCAACAAAAUCAAUGGAACCCGAUUUGGGCAGCACCUCAAAAUCCAUGCGAUGUAUAUGGAACUUGUGGACCCUUCACUGCUUGUAGCAUGAGUGGAUCUCCAAUUUGUGAGUGCUUGAAAGGGUUCUUUCCGCACUCUAAUGAGGAAUGGAGUAAGGGAAAUUGGACAAGUGGAUGUUUGCGGCGUACAGAGUUGAUGUGCACUAAGAACAGUAGCAACUUAACAUCUAAAGCAUCUAAACCGGAUGGCUUCUGGAAGCUCAGUCAGAUGAAAUUACCAGAUCAUUAUCUGUAUUUGUAUGACGUGAUUGACCAAGGGGGGUGUAGCCAAUGGUGCCUGAGUAACUGCUCUUGCCUAGCAUAUGCAUGUCCAGGUGGCAUAGGGUGUAUGGUUUGGGUGACAGAUCUUGUUGACAUUCAGCAAUUCUCAGACGGUGGGGAAGAUCUAUAUCUCCGCCUUGCUAAUUCAGAGCUAGGAGGAAAAAAGCGAUACACAGCAACCAUCAUCAGCGUCCUAUCUAUAUCGGUUGGUUCACUCUUGGGCUUGUUGAUAUGUUGCAUUAAGAGAUGGAAAGCAAACAGAAGAGCACUUAGGCAUUCAGACACACAUAUCCGUGAACAAAAGCCAGAGACAAGUAAAUGGUGCAUAAUGAAGGGCUUCAGGAUAAAGUGCAUAGUAAAGGGUCUCUUUGUGUCGGAGAGAAGGGGCUCUGUGAGAGAUAUUUCGCAAGAAGAUGUCCAGGAAGGUCCUGCAUCAGCAAAGGGAUCAUCCGAGCUUCCAAUUAUUGAUUUCAAUAGGGUAAAGAGAGCUACCAACAACUUCAGUGAAGCUAACAAGCUUGGUGAAGGAGGAUUCGGUGCAGUUUAUAAGGGGAAAUUAGAAGAUGGACAGCUAAUAGCCGUGAAAAGGCUUUCAAGUCACUCAGGACAAGGCAUGGAGGAGUGCAAGAAUGAGGUUAUGUUGAUAUCUAAACUUCAGCACAGAAAUCUUGUAAGGCUGUUGGGUUGCUGCAUUCAAGGAGAAGAAAAGAUAGUCAUUCUUGAAUACAUGAAAAACAAAAGCUUGGACAAAUUCCUCUUUGACCGAACAAAAAAGUUGAAGCUAGAUUGGGUGACACGGUUCAACAUACUUCAGGGCAUUGCCAGAGGGCUUCUAUACCUCCAUCGAGAUUCUUGUUUGAGAAUCAUUCACAGAGAUUUGAAGGCCAGCAACAUUCUCUUGGAUGAUGACAUGAACCCCAAAAUCUCCGACUUUGGGCUGGCACGAACAUUCCGAGUCACCCAAGAACUAGCUAACACUCUCAGAGUUGUAGGAACUUUCGGUUAUAUGUCUCCAGAAUAUGCCAUGGGAGGCCUCUUUUCAGAAAAAUCUGAUGUUUAUAGCUUCGGAGUUUUGCUGCUAGAGAUUAUCAGCAGCAAGAAGAACACUGGUUUUGGAUAUCAUGAAAAAUAUUUGAACCUUCUUGGCUAUGCGUGGCAAUUGUGGAAUGAGUGUAAAGCUCCAGAAUUGCUGGAUCCAUCACUGGCGGAUUCUUGCACCCCAGCAGAAGUAAUGAGAUGCAUUCAAAUUGGACUUCUUUGUGUUCAAGACCAUGCUGCAGAUCGGCCUACAAUGUCAAAUGUGGUUCUGAUGCUAAGCAGUUCUGAGAGUGAAAUGGAACUUCCUCAACCAAGACAACCAACAUUUACGUUUCAAAGCUUGCUAGAAUCUGAGCAUUUUCAAUCAGGGGUUUGCACGUUCAAUGUUUCCACAAAUCAAGUUAGUAUUUCAAUGGUUGAAGGUCGAUGA